AUGUGCGUCCUGUUUUUUGUUAUACAGAUAUGUCGAAAGCGGCAAGCAUCCUUCAGAAUGUCUGCGGGGCAGCGGUUUCGUAGUCUACUGACACUACUUCAUAGUGAUGACUCUCUGAUGAGUCUAGCAAGCAAGUACAUGUGUCAAAUCCACCCCCGGGCACGCGAGCGCUUUGUUGAGGUUAUGUUAAAUAGAAGUGGUAUGAGGCAUUCAACUUUCAUGGAUGCGUUUCACUGGGAUGUUGCAUCCCGCAACAGUGCCAGUGAAAACGGACACUAAUCACCAAUAAUGAUCUCACCGUUCUUCCAUGGUACGACUUCGAUCAGAUUUUCCUUCACGUCGAAACGAUUAAAGCUUGCUUCCAAAGAUGCUGUGAGGACUGUACUUGUUAGGGUCCUGUACCUGCAACACCCACGAGUUGACCGACGGGGCACGUCUCCAGUCCGACACAGCCAUCCCGACAGACAAUGAGAGCGAAGGCUAAGAGUCAUGGUAUGUUCAAUGCUUGAUAGCUACGAGUACCGUUUAGCGGCAUGAGUAGGUAUCAUAAAUCGUGGGAACGAAUUGUUUG